AUGAUGGGAAUAACAGGAGUGUGUUUGCGGUUGAUUGGGGAGCUGGCGCAGGCCCUUAGAGGUGCGCGAUCCGACCCGGCUCACAGUGAUCCAAAACCCAUUUGCGAGAAGGCAGAUGCAAGUGAAGUGGAUGAAUUGAUGGUCCGGGCUCUCACCGCUGUGUUUGGGAUGGAAAAUAACGGUAAGAUAAAGAAGGAGAAGGCACGGCGAGUUGUGGAGAAUCUAGGGUUGAUAUACAGCGAGAGCGAGGAGGAGAGGUCGAAAGUUGACGAAGGUAAUGAUGAGAUGGGUUUAGAGGAAGUUGUUGGAGGAUUAAUGGAGGCAGAUGGGUCGAAGCGCAGCGAGCUACUACGUGAAGCGUUCAAGAUAUUUGAUGAAGAUGGGAAUGGAUUCAUAGAGGCAAUGGAGUUGAAGAGAGUGCUGGAGUGUUUAGGGUUAAUGGACAAAGGGUGGGAUAUGGGUGAGAUUCAGAAGAUGCUUCAUGUUGUGGAUUUGAAUCUUGAUGGGAAGGUUGAUUUUGGUGAAUUUGAGUUGAUGAUGAUGGGAUAA